CGUGUCUUUGCAAGUCGUUGUCACUUUACUCAACGUAUCUUGGAUCUCUUGGAUGGUCAUAUGAGGGGCUCGAGAAGGUCGGAAGGCCCCGAGGUCCGCUUGUCGACCCCGGGGCACUUUGCCCUCUCAGCUUGCAACAUGUUGCCAGUUUGAGAAGAAACAUGAGUGCUAUGGAUCUUUGCACCGAGCUGAUCGACUUCGCCUCAUGCUCAUAUAUAGCGCCCACAAUCUGGCCAUUCCCACUAUCUCCAUCAUCCACAUUCAUUCCUGAUAUCCUUCUCUAUUCAAGCACCGGUUGCUUGCCUUUUUUUUUCUCUGUCUAUCUUUUACGGCUUCCCAUCCCAUCGGCUGGUUCGACUUUUUCAACAUCUUCGUCUUUUGAUAAGAUCACUUCGACAAACUCAUCUUGACGAUGUACACCUCCUCGCUCCUCGCUCUCUUGCCUUUGUUGGCGCUUGCUCCCGGGCUGGACGCGUCCCCUAUCCGAGUGGUGAAACGAGAGGUGCCUCAAGAGCACUCUCACGAACAGUUCUUGACGACCGUUCGGGCAUCCCUCAACAUCGAUAACCCUCAGAACAUCCAAGACCCUGUUUUUGCGCUACUCGGAAACGCUGCCGCCGCCGCCGGCCAAGGCAACGUCACCGACACCGACUGUCUCCAACAGGCCGUCGCCGACCAAGCCUUUACCAACGCCAAGGCCGCUGGGGAUGUGGCUGGCCAGACGGCUGCGUUGAUUUAUCGAGCUUUGGAGAGGAAUACGGGAUCGGUCGGGUUGGCUAGUGUUGCUUGUAACGAGACUGCUACCAACCCCGAAAUCGCCGCCAUCUCCCAGCAUCAAGACCCUGCCUCGGACGGCGCCGCGGCAACCAACAAAGCUAUCACUCUCGAGCUCGCCAAGCAGAUCGCCUCCGUCGGCGGAGACCCCCGCGAUGCCCUCAAGAGCGGUACCUUCGCCGCUGGAGAGACUACCGACAAUACAGGGGCGGGAAAUACGUGCGACGAUGCCGAUGACGCGGAUAGGUGUAUCUUUACGCAGAACUUGUUGCAAGAGGAUGCUACGGAAGCAGAGAUUAGCUCGGCUGUUGCUGGUGUGAGCGCUGCUACUGCCGCCGUUUCUGGUUCCUCCGGCUCUUCAGCUGCUGCCACUGCGACUUCCGCCACCGCCGCCGUCGCCGCUUCCAGUUCGAGCGCGGCUGCUUCGACCGCUACGUCGAGUACCAACGCUGCGGCUGCGGAUAUUGACAUCGGAGACUGCACCGACUUUUCAAUGACCUUUGCCGGUGGUCUCGACAACCGAGCGGCUGAUGAGUUUACUUUCGAACCUACGGAUCAGACAAAUUUCAACCACGGCUCAGCGCUCAACCCUUCCAUCAUCACCACCGCCAUGUGCGACACCUUCGUCAACGCCUGUGCCAAGAGCGCCUCGACGAGGGAUGCUUGUAAGACUGUAGCCGCGGAUCUGGACUCGCAGGUUACUGCUGGGACGCUGGCAAAGGAUCAGACGUUUGCGGGUGCUUGGCUGUCUGGACUUGAGAGUACUUUCGGCGUCACUUCGACUGGUCAAGGGUCUGCUGAAUCUUCGGCGAACGCAUCGACUGCUGCGGUCACCAGUACCGGUACGAACGUUGCUGCUGCGGCAGACACGCUUGAUGUUGGCGCCUGCACCGACUUUUCCAUGACGUUUGCUGGUGGUCUCGACAACCGCGCCGCUGACGAAUUCACUUUCGAACCCACCGACCAAACAAACUUUGCCCACGGCUCCGCCCUCAAUCCCUCCAUCAUCACCGCCUUCAUGUGCGACACUUUCGUCAACGCGUGCGCGCAGUCGGCGGCUACGAGGGAAGCGUGCAAGACGGUAGCGGCGGAUCUGGACUCGCAGGUUACUGCUGGGACGCUGGAGAAGGAUCAGACUUUUGCGGACGCUUGGUUGACUGAGCUUGAAUCUGCGUUGGGUGUUACUUCGACAGGUACUGGAUCGGGCUCUGGAGCUAGUUCGGCAGCGGCAGCGACAAGUGCAGUGGACGAUAGCGCCGCUGGUGUCUCUUCCGCCUCCACCACCUCCUUGACGGCGGCUUCUACCAGCGCUGCUGAUGCCGCCGGUGUCUCUUCUACUUCCUCAGCUUCUACAGCCUCUUCCACGACGGCUGCUUCGGGCGAUAACCUCCAAACCUUCACCGGCGCUCUCAACGGCGUCGCCGCCACGCCUGUCACGAACGUCGGCGGGGACAAGCCGUUCCAGGUCAAGACGGAUACGUUUGUCAAUGCUGCUGCUGCGUUCCAGAGGAGCUGUGAUCAACAGUUCAACGGGUGUGCGGAUGCUGCCAAUUCUGGGAGUGGAGAUUCGACCGUUAGUGAUUGUUCGGCGCAGAAAGAGCAGUGUGAUGCUGCUGCUACCGCUUAAGGGGUGUGUAUUAAAGGUGGCGAACUAUGUGAGGUACUUGCAAGUAUAGGUGGUGGUUUGUAGAAUGCUUAUUUUUUGAUUGAGAUGUUUGUGAAUAUGGGAUGUAGCUC